AUGCUGCUUUUGAACCAUUUAAUUUGCAUAGAGGCUACUGCUAACCUGCUGACUCUUCGUGACUUCACUCUGGUUACUACUUGGGCGGAGCUUGCAUCGAAGUCGAACGAGGAAUAUGGUGUAUGGCUCGCUGAUCGUGGAUUGCAGUGGAAGAAGCGACUUUGCCCCUACUGUGGAAGCCCCGUUAACGUCGUUAAGCAGGCGAAUGUGGAUAGCCUUCAUAAAUGCUAA